AUGAUGGCCUCCAACCGUUCUCAACAAGAACUGGAGCGCCCUUCCUUUGCAACGGUUGCUGCAAUGCGCCUUCCGCCAACACAGCAAACCCACUCUGCGCAGAUUGAAACUGGCCCUGACAGCCGUACUCCGAUGAGGAUUGAUGAAGCCUCAAAUGACUCGAAGAGCGCCGCUCAUGAGUCGCCUCAGAAUCUAAACCAGAAGUCGCACGAUACCAUAGAGAAUUUAAAUAGGUCGGUGCAAGAUUUCCACAUAAACAUGCAGAAGGGCCAUGAAGUCAAUUCGGACACUGGAGACAGCCGUGAUGAUGGGGUGGCUAAGCCUGAGGGAGCCUUUGAAGACGACCAAACGCAUCUUUCAAAUUCUUCCACUAAACCAACGAGCUUUGACUCUAAGAGCAUGGCUUCUGUGACGACUUUUGCUAUGGAUGAAAAGGAAUCGUUGCGCCCAGAUGAUAGUGCUAGCGUCCAAGCCGCAGAAGAAGAUGACUCUUUCUCAGGACCCGCUUCUGGGGCCCCGAGCUCCCAAGUCGGCUCAGAGGCGGGUGGACGCUUGUAUCGGAUAACUGACCAGGGAACUUUAUCCGAACGCAUUCCCAAUAGACCCCGAGUUAAUAACUCGUGCCUCCCGGGAAUCGUAUCUCCGAACGGCCAAAGUGAACUGAGCCUCCAUAGUUUCCCCGAUGAGCCAGAUGAGAAACUGCUUGAAGCGAUGAGUUCACCAAAGGAUCGGUUAUUGAUACUUCAACUUGAAGAGAAAAUCAUUGCAUUCAUCAAAGGUUCUAGUGAACAGUCUUUGGAAUUGCCUCCGUGCAACGCGUUUGGACGGCUGCUUGCACAUAAGCUCGGCGAUUAUUAUCAUCUAACUCACUUUGUUGAUAAUAAUGUGACAUCCGUUCGACUUCACCGAACCCCUUGGUGCAGAGUGCCAACCCCUUUAAGCAUGCUCCAACCUCCUAAUGCAAACAAAACUCCGCCUCCAAAUGCACCAGCGAUGAAAAUUAUGCGUCGGUCUGGUCAGCCAGGAGAAAGGGUGUCGGGUGCAGGAAGCACGGCACCUAGUUCUUCAGCCCCUUCAAAAGCUACAUCGGAAGCCGGUGCUGACGGCACUAAUGAGGAAGGAUUUGGAUCAUCGGCCGGAGCCACUCCGGCAAAGGAUCGGGCGACCCUGAGUCGAGAGGAGCGGGAAGCAAAAUAUCAGGAAGCUCGAGAGCGGAUAUUUAGGGAUUUUCCUGAAUCCAAGACUUCGGACCAUUCAAAUAGCGGGGAUCAAAGUGCAAACAUGUCACGGUCCAACUCCGGGAAUGGCAAACGAAAAGGACACAAGCAGAGAACGCCACGUGACGACAGUUUCGAGGCACGGUCCCAGUUCAAUGCAUAUUAUCCAGGGGCUCCAUACUCUAGCGCUCCGCUUCCAUACAGUGGCAUGAUGGCUGAAGGGUCGUUUGGUACUCCAGCCCAUUAUUACGUCUCGACUUCUUCACCACCGCCGGCUAAUUUCCCGCAUGGAAACCAUGUAAACGCGGUAUAUCAAGCCCAGGGCAACCUGACUUCUGCACCACCACAGUACCCUGUUGCUAUCCCGCCUCGUAUGAAUCAACCUAAUUGGCAGCCGGGGCAUUUGCAGCAAUCCCCUCCAUACUCCGGAUUUUCUCCGGUCAACCAGAUCCCGCCAAUGGUGCCUCAACAGCCUUCAACCAGAUCCUCGCCUGGAAUGAGUUCAUAUCCCUCCCAUCCCAACACAGUCCCGUUCCAGCAACAGAGCUCUUCAAACUGGAAUCAACCACAAUACCCAACCGCUUACUCUCCAUCGCCUACCCAGCGUAAUCCGUCUAAUACACACUGGCCAAACUACCCUCAACACUCAAUGAAUCCGAGUCAGGCGACUUACCCUUACGGUCAGAUUCCUAACCAGCCGCCGUUCGCACCAAGUCAUCAGAACAACUCAGGACAACAUCCUCUUCCCGGAAGUUUUUCCCGUCCACCCUUUAACCCUCAAACAAGAUCUUUCGUUCCUGGAAGCAGCCCUCAAACUCGAUUUCUAGGGAACCCACCUCAACAGCCAGGCAUAAAUCCAGCUGGCGUACACUCGCCUCAAUAUCCCACUCCGACACCGUGGGCAGGGGCCAACCAGGACCCCUCGAACCACCACCAUUCAAAUCAACCAAACCCUCAAACUAAUGCCAAAAUACUCGGACCUACUUCUUCCAUGAAUCAUUCGACACCUGGUCAUCAUGGGCCUUCUCCAAUGAUGACCCGCGACUCAAUAGCUAAAUGGGGUACUCCUGCCCAUCUGCCCCCUAAACCGCCCCCAUCGCAAGUGCCGUAUGAUUACGAUCUCAAAAAUAAGACCGCUCCAGCGAUAUCUCCACCUCAAUCGUUUCCAAGCACGCCACCCGCACCUCUCCCUAAGCAGAGCGGCCCUCUAGUUGUAUCGGGCGGAAUGGGACAUCAGAGACCUCGGGGUAAUAUGGCCGCGGGUUUGUAA